AUGGAGGUUCCGCUUUACGAGACGCGACGCCACACUUCCAAUUACCCUCCUCAACUCCAACUUCAACAAAAUCAACAACACCAGGCAAAUGAAGAUUCCAAGGGAACGUUGCUUUCUCUCCUUUCAAUUCAAGGUGUGACUCAACUCAAAGAGAAAUGGACCGAGUAUAAUGAACCAAAGAGACUUAGGAAAUUAGUGUCGCUGUUUGUUUCACCUACGGCCAAGUACGUUGCUGUUGUUGCUGGAAAUCGAAUUAUGAUUCUGAGUAAAGAGGAUGAUUAUCAGGAAUCGUAUGCAAUUUUCACCGGUUCUGAUUUUGGUACAUUUAGUGUGGGAGCUUGGUCUGAAGAUGAUGAAAUUCUUGGCGUUGCUGAUGACUAUAAUACUCAGUAUUUUAUCAAAUUUAAUGGUGAAGUUGUGGCAGAAAUUACAAAGAAGCAUUUGAAAAUCUCUUCACCUAUUGUUGGUUUAUUUUCUGACAAUGACUCUGAUAUGCAUGAGUCUUACUUGUUCACUGCCAUUACGUCAGAUGGUUCACUUCAACAAAUUGAGAUCAGUUAUGGACAAGGCAUUUCUACCUUUCCUAAGUACGCCUUUUAUCACAGGAGUCAUCUCCGUAACAACGUUUUUUGCUUUGACCACCACCAAGAACUUAACCUUUUUGUGGCUGUUCACACGCUGUCUAGAUCUUGCCAUCUUUCUCUUUGGCAUAAAAAUUCAAGCAAAGAACUGGAACAGGUAUUUUCUUUACAAUUUGAGGGAUUAUAUUCGAAACCAAAAGGUUAUAGAGGUCAACUAAUAUAUCCAAAGUUGCUAAUUUUGCCACAAGCUACAUUCACUGCUACUUCUGGACUGGGAAAAAGAAAAGAGAGGCUUUUGGCUGUGGUUAACGCGUUGCUCCACCGCUGCUACAAAUAUCCAACAGCUACAAUUGCAGAAGUUCCUCAAUCUCUCAAGAAAGAGCUCUCAGGUGUUUGCAGGGAUUGCUUUUCAGUAGACUCCGUAAAUAAGCAUGUUGAUUUUGUUAGGGAAUACAAACAGGAUUUUGAACGUGAUCUUGAUCCAAGAAGCACUUCCACAUUCCUCUGGUAA